CGAGAAACAAGUUCGGAAGUCUUGCGCCAAGAACCCAUGCAUGUCUGGUUAGACUGGAGAUGUCGGUGGUGAUCACGGAGAAUUUUGAUUCUCUAGCUCAAGUUCCUAUAAGGAUUCUGCAACUGGACGGUCAAAUCUUCAAGUUAGUCGUCGCAGUCUGCAUUAUACAUGUCCGUUACUCUACUCCACACUACAUGCCAAAACACCCGGGGAACUCAGAAGGAAGAACGGAGGGACUGGAACAAGAGGGAAAGAGGAUCCUGAGGCCCUGUACCUCCACCGCGUCUUAGUAGUUAGCUUACUUGUUGCGGUUAAUCAAAUGCUGAGAACAAAAAAAAAAAAACAUGGGUGGGA